CGUACACUGUCGCAAAGUGGAAGUGUGAGGUUUAGCGGGCACCGGCCCCCGGAAGGUCAGCGUGUGAAAGAGUCGGUGGUAAUUCCCGUCUACCCGCUGUUACUAAGGAGCAAUAGCGGUACAGACGACCCCGGCCUGAGACGGCGGUGAGAAGCUGACGGGCAAUUUGCUGCGACACCAUGGAGGGCGGCGGGGGAAGCGGCAACAAAACCACAGGAGGACUGGCCGGCUUUUUCGGAGCCGGCGGAGCCGGUUACUCGCACGCGGAUUUGGCUGGCGUCCCGCUGACUGGUAUGAACCCUCUGUCACCUUAUUUAAAUGUUGAUCCACGAUAUCUUGUGCAGGAUACAGAUGAGUUUAUUUUACCAACUGGAGCUAAUAAAACUCGGGGCAGAUUUGAACUGGCCUUCUUUACCAUUGGAGGAUGUUGUAUGACAGGGGCUGCAUUUGGGGCAAUGAACGGUCUACGGCUAGGAUUGAAGGAAACUCAGAACAUGGCCUGGUCCAAACCAAGAAACGUACAGAUUUUGAACAUGGUGACCAGGCAAGGGGCACUUUGGGCUAAUACUCUAGGUUCUCUGGCUUUACUCUAUAGUGCAUUUGGUGUCAUCAUUGAGAAAACACGAGGUGCUGAAGAUGACCUCAAUACAGUAGCAGCUGGAACUAUGACGGGCAUGUUGUAUAAAUGUACAGGUGGUCUUCGAGGGGUAGCACGAGGUGGCCUAGCAGGACUAACACUUACUAGCCUCUAUGCAUUAUAUAAUAACUGGGAGCACAUGAAAGGCUCCUUACUCCAACAGUCACUCUGAAGAUUUUGCCAACCUGUGAAUAGAGGACACUAGUAGUUAUCCAGAUCAAUUAAUGUCAGUAUGAAGUUUUUCUCUCUUCUACCUACAAUUAGUUUGAAAAAUUGUGGCGAUUCCGAUUUGCUGUGAAGAUGAUGGAUGGUUGACCAGGACAGCUCUCCUUCCAGCUAUUAAUGAGUUGAAGCCAAAACCUUUUGGUGACCGAAUAAUGUGGUUCUCUUCUUUGAAGAUCUUGUACCUGUUCUCUCCUACUCCCUGAAGUGGAAAACCACUUACUCUCAUAAUUCAGGUCAUGCUUGUCAAUACUGUAUCACCACGUUUGUUCAUUUAAUGAUCCAAAACUCUACUGCUCUGUAUUCCCAAUAAAGAAAACAGAACCAAAGUCAACUCCAAUGUAAA